AUGGUGACUCCUACGAGAAGAAGCUUGGAACUCAUUCCCAACGAGACUGCUCGAAAGAUGGCAUUUCGGAAGCGAAAGAAGAGCGUUUACAAGAAGGCCGAUGAGCUCUCCAAACUUUGUGACAUUGAUGUGGCCUUGAUUGUCUACGAAGCUGACCAAAGGAAGGGGAUUAGGCCAGUUCAGCCGGAGACAUGGCCGCAAGAUCCAGUUGAAUUCAAUCGCAUUCUCAGCAGGUACAAGGCUUCCAAGGAUGCUGCUGCCCCCGGUUUCCUAAAAAGAAGCUUCAGUUUGUCUGAUUUUUAUGGGGCCAAGAUGAAGAAAGAUGAUGACGGUGGUGACGGUGAUCACAGUGAUGGUGGUGAUGAUGGUGAUGGUGGUGAUGAUGGUGAUGAUGGUGAUGAUGAUGAUCAUGUCGAUCCCAAGUUUCAAAAACCGGGCAAUAAGCACAUUUCCGAGAAUAAGUACCCAACAUGGGAUGCUCGAAUUGACCUAUUCUCAGAAGAUGAAUUGAUUAAAUUCAUUGCUUCACUCGAAGCCAAGAUACAGGCAUCAACACUGGAGAUUGAUUCCAUGGAAAGAUAUUGUGCUGUGAAACAAAAUCAAAAUUUAUCCCGAACUCACUCAAGCUCAAGCGAAACACCACGACUCUUGAACCCUGUGUAUUUUGAUGUGCAGAUGCCCCCCUCUCAGGACCCUGUAAAUCCAUUUAUUCACGACGCAUUAGGCCAAAAAGUUACUCAUGAAUUGGCCAAAUGGGGUGGUUUUAAUAAGAAUUCGGUGAAUUCUACUACUACUAGUACUACUACUUCAGUCAUGGAAUUGAAGAAUCCGAUGCAUACUACUUCUACUACUAGUACUUCAGCCAUGGAAUCGAAGCCUCCAUUGCCUGUGAAACGUCCAAUGCUGCCAAGUGCGUGGAUUUUGAACUCAGAAUUACAGAAGAAGAUUUAAUUAAGGACACCAUCUCAAAUCCUUGGUUAUCGAACUUCUAGUCUUCUACUAAUUUUUGGUUUGAUUGGUUUAACUCUUGAUCUACCGUUUGGCUAUGAACAAUAUUCACCUUGCUAUUGUUUUGUUUAGAGAUUAGCAAUUGCUUUGUAGUUUUAAUUUAAUUAAUUCAUUGUUGGAAGUCGGUUACCUUGGUUAUGCUUUCGUUCUUGAUAAAUUUAUCUUGCACUCCUCCCUCUCUUAUUUCACUACAAAUUACCGUCUUGCUAGAAACAGAGGAAAAUAAACCUAAAGGGUUCUCGAAAGAGGAAAGCAACCAUA